AUGACCCUUCUGUCGGAGGACCAGUCGGCGAGGCCCCAGGCCUGCCGGCUGUCGGAUGCCGGCCGACACGUCAGCCCUUCUUUGUACCCGACGGACCUCGCCGCCUCCAAGGAGAACUACGAGGACGGCGGGGACGGCGCCGCGUUCGGGGCCGCGGAGCCCCCCAGGCGCUCGCGGGGACGCCUCAUCCUCCACGGGACGGUCAUGUUCGGGAGGGAGUUCUGCUACGCCGUGGAGGCGGCGUUCGUCACGCCCGUGCUGCUGAGCGUGGGCCUGCCCCGCAGCCUGUACAGCCUGGUGUGGCUGAUCAGCCCCAUCCUGGGCUUCCUGCUGCAGCCCGUCAUCGGGUCGGCCAGCGACUACUGCCGCUCGCCGUGGGGCAGGCGGAGGCCUUACAUCUUGGCCCUGGGCCUCCUGAUGCUGGUGGGAAUCACCCUGUUCCUCAACGGGGAUGCCGUCAUCUCAGCACUGGUCAGCGAGCGGUCGUCCAGGAGCACCUGGGCCAUCGUGGUGGUGAUGUUGGGAGUCGUGCUGUUCGACUUUGCCGCGGACUUCAUCGACGGGCCCAUCAAGGCCUACCUGUUUGACGUGUGCUCACACCGGGACAAGGAGCGAGGUCUGCACUACCACGCUCUGCUCACAGGUCUGGGCGGCGCCUUCGGCUACCUGGUCGGCGCGAUGGACUGGGGUCACUCCGUAUUGGGUCGGCUGCUGGGCUCCGAGUACCAAGUCAUCUUCUUCUUCUCAGCCUUGACCUGGGGCAUAUUCCUCACGGUGCACCUCUUCAGUAUUCCAGAGCAACCCCUGGGGAAGGACCCAUAUGCCCCUGACCCCUCGACCUCCAGUGCCCUGCGCCUACUCGGCGCCCACGGCAACGGUUACGGAGCGCUGGCCAAAGAGGCCGCCUCUGUUGCGGCCGCUCCAGACCUCCCAGACCUCCGGCCCAGGUCGUUCUCCGCGCUGGGAGAGGCCAACUCGGUGACCUCCAGCGCCAAGCAGCCCAACAAGGAGGCCCAGAAGAGGAUGACGUUCAAGUCCAUGAUGAAGGCUAUCGUCAACAUGCCGAACCACUACCGCUACCUGUGCGUCAGUCACCUGCUGGGAUGGACGGCCUUCCUCUGCAACAUGCUCUUCUUCACUGACUUCAUGGGACAGAUUGUGUACAAAGGAAAUCCUUACGCGGACCACAACUCCACGGCCUACGCCACUUAUGAGAGAGGUGUGGAAGUGGGCUGCUGGGGACUGUGCAUCAACGCUGUGUCAUCUGCUCUCUACUCCUACGUGCAGCGUUUCCUCCUCCCGUACAUCGGCCUGAAGGGAUUAUACUUCGUGGGCUACUUCGUAUUCGGCUUGGGCACCAGCCUGAUCGGCCUCUUCCCCGACAUCAUCGCCACGCUCAUCCUCUGCAGCGUUUUCGGCGUCAUGUCCAGUACGCUCUACACCAUCCCGUUCAACCUGAUAGCGGAGUACCAGCGGGAAGAAGAGGGACAGCUGAAGCUUGGGGGAAGCCGUGAACGGCAGCGGGGCAGCGGGGUGGACUGCGCCGCCCUCACCUGCAUGGUGCAGCUGGCUCAGAUCAUUGUCGGUGCCGGACUGGGAGCUCUGGUCAACAUGGCGGGGAGUGUCAUCGUGGUGGUCCUCUCGGCCUCGACCAUGUCCCUGUUUGGCUGCGUCUUCAUCGCCCUCUUCAUCAGAAAUGUGGACUAAUCCUGCUUAUGCAAAAGUAUUUAUUGGUAUUGUUUUAAAUAAAUACAGAUUCUUUUGUUAUAUAUUCAA